AUGAUUUUUGCCAUGCCUCCCAUCAAGAGAGACUGUAUCCUCCCUUCACCCUUGGAUCUGGGUGUCCCUCAAGGCUUCAUUGGUCAACAGAAUGAGACAAAAGCAACACUGUGUAACUCCCAAGGCCAAACUUUUGCUCUGAGAAGAACUGAGGCAUCCCAGCCAACAGCCAGUGUAGCCAUCAAACAUGUGAAUGAAACCACCCUGGACCAUCCAGCCCCCCUGUGGUGCUGCUGGCCGACUGCAGACACAACAGAGAUCGGCAGAAAAAUCACCCAGCUAUUCCCCCAGCUGUCCCCCUCCCAGGAAAUAUCAGCAGUCAUCAAGAACAACACGGUGACUAUCCAGACUGAGAAGUUCAUGACCAACAGACUACUUCAGUGGAAACAAUUGGUCAUUGAUGUCCUUCACCCUGGCAAGGCAACAGUAUCCAAGACAGAAAUUUGGGAAAAACUAGCUAAAAUGUAUAAGACCACACAAAAUGUCAUCUUUGUGUUUGGAUUCAGAACCCAUUUUGGUGGUAGCAAGACAACUGGCUUUGGCAUGAUUUAUAAUUCCUUCGAUUGCAAAAAAAAUGAAACCAAACACAGACUCACAAGACAUGGCCUAUACAAGAAGAAGGACACCUUAAGAAAACAGAGAAAGAAACAUAAGAACAGAAUGGAGAAUGUCAAGGGGACUGCAAAGGCCAAUGUUGGUACAGGCAAAAAGUGAGCUGAAGAUUGGACAACAGAAGGAGUAAAGUUCUUCAGUGACUUUAUUUGUGGUGAUGAUACAGAUUUUUCAUGAGAAGGUUAAUAAACUAAGAAAAUAAAUAAAUUAGGUUUUAGUUCUAUCAUCUCA